UAAAGUCCCGGGCGUUUGGGUCCAGACACAAUCCUGCUCUCUCAGGCUGAGUUUACGAGGCUCCACAUCUCCAGACUAACCAUGCAGUCCUACAACUUCUCGCAGCAGGAUCACCCGAUGCAGUCCCGCCGGUCUGGGUCGGUGGUGCUCAGCUCUAACCGUUCACAGCGGAUGAGUGUGGGGAGCAGCGGCGGCGGCGGCGGCGGCGGCGGGGUAACGGCACGCCGAGCCAUCAGUGUCUACAGUUCCCAGAGGCGGGGCACCCGUAUCUCCUCCAGUUAUGCCCCCAACAAGGGCAGCAACGUCGGCAGCUUCUACUCGGGGUCCCACAACUCGGGGGGGCUGGGGGCUUUCUCCAUCAACGAGAAGCAGACCAUGCAGAAUCUCAACGAGCGCCUCGCCACCUACCUGAACAAGGUCCACUCUCUGGAGAAGUCCAACAACCAGUACGAGCUGCAGAUCAGGGAGUACUACGACAAGAGGUCUCCCGCCGACGUCCGAGAGAUGGGAGACCACUGGAAGACCAUCAGCAGCCUCCGAUCCCAGAUCAAUGGCGCUUCCCUGGCUAACGCCAAGAUCCUGCUGCAGAUUGACAAUGCAAAACUGGCUGCAGAUGACUUUAAAACCAAGUAUGAUUCAGAGCUGGCCAUCAGGCGUGGUGUGGAGAUGGACAUCGCUGGGUUACGCAAAGUCCUAGAUGAACUGACCAUGGCCCGAAGUGAUCUGGAGUCACAAAUCGAAGCAAUGAAGGAAGAACUAAUCUACAUCAGGAAGAGCCAUGAAGAUGAAAUGAAAUCUCUCCGUCACCAGCUGCGUGGUACAGUCACUGUGGAAGUGGACGCUCCUCCGGCCAAGGACUUGACCAAAACCCUGGCCGAACUGAGAAGCAAUUAUGAAUUAAUGGCAGAGAAUAACCAACUGGAGGCUGAGAAAUGUUUCAAGGAGCAGUCGAGUGUUGUCAAACAAACGAUGAGUACCAGCAGCCAACAGGUGUCCAAAGAGAAAGAACAAUACAAUGAGCAGAGGCGCAAACUGCAGUCGGUGGAGAUUGAUGUCCAGACGUUCAUGAGUGUGAAAUCAUCGCUGGAAGCCAACCUGCAGGAUACAGAGGAGCAGUACGCCGACCAGCUGCUCAACCUCGAGGACAUCCUCAGCGACCGCGAUGCAGAGUUGUCCCAGAUCCAGAUGGACAUGCAGAGGCAGAGCCAAGACUACACACAGCUCCUGGACGUCAAAACCAGGCUGGAGAUGGAGAUCGCCCAAUACCGACGUCUCCUGGAUGGAGAGCAUGUCAGCUACUCAACGGAAAUCAAAACUGUCGAAGUAGUCAAGGUACCGGAAGUGGUGACCACCACGAAGUAUAUAACCGUCACAGAGACGUUGGUUGAUGGGAAGGUUGUUGAUUCGCGUCAGGAUGUCCAAAUUACUAAAUUUGCGGGCGAGCCCACACUGCGGCGAGUGUGCACAGGAGGCGCGCCCCCGACACCGGGCAGGGGGGAGAGAGACAGAGGGAGACAGAGAGAAGGAGGUUUAAAGGGUGCAUCGUUACCCCGCAGCGGGCUGAGGGUGGCGGGUCGCGGGCAGUGCAGAGCCGCCGUGCCGUUGGCGAGAUCCAGGCCGCCCGUCCCCGACCCCCCGCUGGCCGAGACCUCCACAUCCACCUCCACCGCUGUCCGCACCGGCCCGGGGCGGCCGCUGGAGGAUGACAGAGGCAGCGGGACAAGGAGAGCGAUGGAGUUGUCGCCGCCGCCGCUCCACGCCCACAUCUUGCAGAGUCGAGGCCGCCAGGUGUGCGGUGCCGGCGACCAGGCGGAGGAUGAGCGGUGUCUGCACAAGGCCCGGGCCGAGCUAGAGGAUGUCCGGCGCCAGUGGCUCGGCGUCCAGCGGGAGACCCACGCCGUGCGGGCGCUGCAGAAGGGAUUGGAGCAGUCCCUGCAGGCAUCGGUGCGGAGACACGAGCUGCAACGCAGGAGCCUGGCCAAGAUGGUGGGACAACUGGAGCACGAGUUGAAGGAGGUCAGGGGAGACAUUGAACACCAGGUGUGGCAAAACCAACUGUUGGUCAACACCAAAGUGCGAUUGGAGGGAGAAAUCGGCAGGUACCGCAGCCUCAUGGACAAGGAGGAGGGAAGACUCUCCAAUGCAGCCGCUGUUGGCUCUGCAUCAUCGCUCAGCUCCUUCCGUCAGACGCAGGUGUGUCUCCCCUCAGCAGUUCCUGCAGUGGAAGAUUGCCAUGAGCAGAGGGUUGAGAUGGCGGCAACACAGGAGUUUCAUGGUCACAACUCGGUGGCUAAGACUUCAAAGGCUCGCGGCAAAAUUCAGACGGAGAGAGUGGACGAGGUUAUCAAGGAGUGGGAGUGCUCCUUCUUCAAAGACAACCCGCACCUCCGCAAGAAGUCUGCGUCGCUCCGCUUCGACCUGCACCUGGCGGCGACUGAGGAGGGCAGCUGCGGCGGCCAGCAGGCCGACCUCCCCGACAUCGAGCUCCGGCUGGUGAUGAGGAAGUCCAGCAGCAUCCCGUCUCUCAAGUCCUAACACCAGCUCGCCACCCGAGCUCCCCUCCGCUCCGCUCCGCCUGGCGUUGAUGUCCCGCUGCCAAAUGCAGGCCGCAGGCUCUCUCUAUAUGUAUCGCAUUUAUCCAUAAACGAAGGUGCAUGAAAACACAGCCAGUGGCAGGUUAAUGGGGAAGGGGGCUGGUCUUGGCAGUGCCAGGGCAGAGGGCGGGCUUGGUGCCCUUUAAUGGCCCCGCUGUUGGUCCGCAGCGCCAC